AUGAUACCCGUAACUUCAAGUGAAAUAGCAAAUCGAUUACAGAAUCUGGCCAUCAAAUCUUCGGAUGCCAAGAUUUCAAUCGCUCGACUUUUGGAUACUUGGCACUUAUUAAUCGUGGCUUUAAAAUAUAUUCGACUUAAUAGCCGAUGGUGUGAUCAUGAAAAUUCAUUAUUUAUACUUCCUUGCCAUGAAAUUAAUGUAUCUAAGGCUGAUGGAUCUAAUGGAUACGUUGCUGCCCCGAUACGUGAAGGACCUUUAUUUCAAUUACUAAAUGUACGUCAUUCAGAUCAUUCGGAUCUUG